UUAAUCUUUGACUUGUUUUGAGUUAGCUGUAGUGUUUACAUUCACAACUCGUUGAUUCACAAGUUACUAACUUGUCAGAUUUGACUAGCAUUGAUCUGUACUAAACGAGGUUAGCUUCUCUUUUAUCAUGAAACCCACUAUUGCCGUCGAUGAAAUGUUCCCGGAAGGGGCUGGGCCCUACGCAGAGAUGGAAGAGGCAGAAGGUUCCUGCCGUCUUUUGAUGGAUCUUGCUGCCAAUGAGAAAGCUGUUCAUGCUGAUUUCUUUAAUGAUUUUGAUGACCUGUAUGAUGAUGAUGAUCUCCAGUAACUGAGUGGAAUGACAUUGGACUGAUGUGACAAUGUUAGCUGAAUGGACAGUACAAAAUUAUUUUAUUGUAAUGGACUGUAUAUUGUGAAGUGAGCCUAAUGUAAAUUACAGUGUUUGAAACAAAA